AUGAAACCGCUAUUUAUCUAUCCCAUUCCACAAUCAUCUGCAUGGUAUAUAAUUAUAACUGAUACUCUGCACCAUUUUUACUUCAAUGCAAAAGAUGGCCACUCUUACUGGCAAUUGAGUGAUCUAGCUGAAAACUAUAAUGAUAUUAAUACAAAACAAUUACUAUCACUGGUCAAUUAUGAUCAAUUAGGGUUGUUAUUUGCCAAAGCAAGAGGCCUAAGGGUUGAAACGAGCAGGAGUGGAAAGUGUGAUAGAGGUAAUGGAGGAGAUGACACAAUACGGCAAGGCCAAAAGGAUGUGUCUGAUGAGGUGGAAAUUGUUUAUCAAAAUGAAUAUACUCAAGAUGACGCCAAUGAGAUUGCAGGGGAACCAGCUGUUAAUAUUCAAGAUUCAGAUCUGAGUGCUCUACCGUCCAAGGGCAUUGUCUUUGGUUACUCAUCAAGUGAGGAUGAUGAUGACGACGAAGAAAAUGAUGAAUUGAGUCAGGAGAAUCAGCAGAAAGCCUUACCAAAAAAGAAAGAUGAAGUUGAUAACAUAGUCUCCCAAGUACUCCAUCAGAAUGAAGAUGAGCAAGAGCAAUCUGAUAAUGAAAGUCAAAUAUCGCUUGAUCUAUCAGUUGACGAAGAAGAAGAACUUAAAAAUAAUAACACAACGGUACACGAAUUUCGACAAAUGUUGAAUAAUUUUGCAUCAUCGUUUUCGUCAUUUGAUAGUUGGGAUAUAAUUGAGGACCAGCUAGUUGGUGAGUUUAUCAAGUAUCCCGUGUAUCAUUCCAUUGGAUCGAGGGAGGAGAAACGGGAAAUUUUCCAAAACUGGCUAGAUAGCAGAGAUGAUGACAAUGAAGAGAGUAACACAUCUGCUAGCCACGACGUUGACGCGAUAUUCCCCACGGAAAAGAUGUUAUUUCUUUCCUUACUUCAACAGCAUAAAGAUCAAGUAAAGACAUCAUUCUACCAGGAGUUUUACACAGCCAACUAUAAAGAAAUGAACAAUAUUGAUUUACCAAAGUUGACAAAGGAAGAUACGUAUCGUAAUUACAAGAAAUUUAUCCUUGAUUUUGCCAAAUUUGAAAAGGAUUUCAAAAAGACAACAGAAUAUACUAAAGGAGUCAAUGUUAAGGUGAUGAAAUUACAAGAAUAUCUUUCAUCGCGGUCAGAUUUCCCUAGUGGAGUAUACACUAUAGAUUCUAAUUUGUCGUUUUUUAAAAAUUGGGUCCAGUUACUAAACCAAUAUUUCGAUGAUGUAACAAUUGCAGAAUCGGAAAUUAAUUUUCUUCUCGGUGAUGAAAAAAGAUUACAUAGUUAUAUAACUAAACUAAACGAAAUCAGACAAUAA